AUGGCAAGCCGAGCUCUUACUCCAUUUCAGCUCAUCACAUUCCUCUUUUUGGCGCUCCUUGCGACGUGCCACGCAGGCAGCAUCGCCAUCUACUGGGGCCAGAAUGACGGCGAGGCUUCGCUUGCCGAAACAUGCGCAUCAGGGAACUAUGAAUUCGUCAUUCUGGCGUUCCUUCCCAAGUUCGGCAAAGGCCAGACACCACAGCUAGACCUUGCAAGCCAUUGCGAUCCUUCGUCUGGCGGAUGCAGAAGCCAAAGCAAGGACAUCAGCUCGUGCCAGAGCCGUGGCGUGAAAGUUCUCCUUUCCAUCGGCGGUGCCGAUGGGAACUAUGGCCUCACGUCCCCCGGUGAUGCCAGUCAGGUUGCCAUGUAUCUGUGGAACAACUUCUUGGGCGGCACUUCCUCCUCCCGCCCUCUCGGCGCCGCUGUACUCGAUGGCAUCGACUUCGACAUCGAGCUCGGCGGUGCUAAGUUCUGGAACAACCUCGCCACAGACCUCAAGAAAUUGGGCAAAAACGGCGGGAAGACGGUGUUGUUGAGCGCGGCACCACAAUGCCCUUUCCCGGAUGAGUGGGAUGGCGGCGCAAUCAGCACAGGGUUGUUCGAUUAUGUGUGGGUGCAGUUCUAUAACAAUCAGGAGUGUCAGUUCGACGCAGGACGCGCUGCGUUCAUGAAUGCGUGGAAUAAGUGGGUCUCGGUGCCGGCAGGUAAGAUCUUUCUGGGACUGCCAGCUUCCAGCUCAAAGGAUGCGGCAGGCACGGGAUUCAUUCCUGCCAACGAGCUCACAUCACGUGUGUUACCGCUCAUCAAGGGCUCAACCAAGUACGGCGGCGUCAUGUUGUGGUCUAAGUACUAUGAUGAUCAGAGCGGAUACAGUUCCUCCAUCAAGAGCUAUGUGUGA